UAAGUCAAUUGCCAGGGGAAAAUGAAGUGUAAUGCCUUAAUUUCAAUGAUUGUCUCCAAUGUAUGAGAGCACUAAUUGAGAUAAGCUGAUACUUCAGCAGAUUUAAAUACUUGGAUUUAAAUUGCUUUAUCUCAUGACAGUGCUGAAUCUUUUGAUUGGCAUGUUUGUUUCCGGUUUACUGAAGUCUAAGCAGAGAUGGUAUUAUUGGCAGGCUGUUGGGCAAUCAAGGUGCCACAAGUUAGUCACAGCAAAACAGGUGAUGGUUAAAAACCCAGAGUUUUUUUUAAACAGUCAUUUCCCAAUAAGACUCUGAGGGGACUUAGUAAUUACAGAGUUUUCUUGGCUGUCAUGUUAUGCUGCUGGUUAUAUUGAGAGCUAGGACUGGGAGCUUUGACUUCCCCCUGAGCCACAUGCAGAUAGACCCCAGGAGUAAAUGGCAAUGUGUGGGGAGAGGGGGAAAAAGUUUUGGGUGAGUGGAGGUGUUCCUAUACAUGAGGUUCUCCCUUCAGCUUCCCUUUCCCCACGUUCUGCCUGUGUCCUGUGGAGGGAAAAUAGUAAGUAGGAAACUGCUGGAAACAGCACAAAGGGUAUCUGUGUAUUGGUCAUAAUCUCCUAGGAUAUGUGGAGAGGAGAAGUAGCUAAUUGCUUUUUUUUUUUAAUUGGCUCCUAGUGUUGCAGAAGAAAUAGAACAGAUUGCAAAGCCUUGCUCUCUAGUAAGCUUUCCUGUAUGGAAGUGUCUAGAGAGUGGGUGCAUGCUAAAGCCUCUUCCUAACAGCAUCUGACUGGCUGAUUGCUCCUGCGGUGGCAGGGGAGAGCAUGAUUUAUUGAUUUACUCCUCUUAGCUGGAUCACUUAGGCUCUUGGUGUGCUGCUGAUCUUACGCAGCUGAUGCUGUACUCCAGUAGCUGAUGGGUGGGAUCCUCUUGCAGGCUGUGCUAGAGGGAAAAGUGGGCAAAAAAAUCUUGUGCAUCUUUAAAUCAGUUUAACGUCAACUGAGAUAAAACUAAAAUCAAUUAGCUUAAAUACAGGGUUACCACAGAAUAUCAGUCAACAUCAGAUUGUUCUGGUGCCUUAAAUGUGUUUUCUCUUUUCACUCUCCUUGAACUUAUACCUGGAUUUGUGGGUAACAACAAUGUAUCUGUAAAGCUUUUUGUCCUGAAAUUACUUGUACCUAUGGUUAACUGUUGCCUUAAUUAGGUUGUAUUUUAUGGCCCCGAUCCAGUCUUUGUGAAACCAGACCCCAGUUUGGUGCAUUUUUAAGAGCUGGGUAAAAUAGUAGUUAGCAACUGAGAAUUACUCUUUGUGUGUUUUUGUAAAUGGGGAGAGAUUGCCAGCUUCUGUAUGUGGGUAUCAUAUGUUGUAUUUUGAUCUGUUGUUCAUAUUUCUUGGUGAAGAAUUUCUCAGCCAAUUUAGACUAAGAUGUAGGGAUUAGAUUUACGAGUGCUACAAGGGGCAUGAGAAAUGUCCAGAGGGGAGGGUUCAGCUAUGUGACGUGUGAAAUAGCAAAGAGGCAGCCCGGAGGGUUUCUUUCCUGCCAAGUAGUAAACUUCAGAGAGAAGGGAGAGAGAAUGUAAGCAAGCCUGAGAAUGCUGAGCUCUCUGGCUGGCAAUUAAUAAAAUGGAUAGGAUGAAUGAACCAUACCACAAAGAAGUCAAGGAUGUCUAUACGUUUGACCUCAGGAAACCUACACUGAAGGAAGUGAAUGUUUGGCCAUGCACUGGCAGCAGCAGCUCUGGAGUUUCUUUUUCUUGCCCACAUGUCUUUCUUUGCCUCUCUUUGUUGUGCCUGAUAGGCAGUCUGCUGGGGCAUCCUCAGUGUCUGGAUUACGGGCCACCUUUCCAGCCCCCUUUUCACUUGGAGUUCUGUUCUGCCUAUGAAAACUUUGGCUGUUGUGACCAGCAGAAGGACAACAGCAUUGCAGCAAAAUACUGGGACAUCAUGGAUUAUAUUGAUCCGCGGGGGCAUAAACUGUGUGGGACGUAUAUCAAAGAUAUCCUGUGUCAGGAAUGUUCUCCAUAUGCUGCACAUCUCUAUGAUGCAGAAAACCCUCGGACACCUCUAAGAAACCUCCCAGGACUUUGUUUUGACUACUGCUCUGAGUUUCACUUCAACUGCCGCUCUGCCAUCAGCCUGCUGACGAGUGAUAAGCAUGUCCAAGAAUGCUGUGAGACAAAUAAAACUCGCUUUUGCAACCUCCUUCACCUACAUGAUGAGGACUACUGCUUCCCCAAUGUGCUGAAGAACACAGCCCUCAACCGCAACCUGGGCUCGGUGGUGGAAGACCGCAAAGGCUGCCUCCAGCUCUGUCUGACCGAGGUUGCCAAUGGCCUGAGGAACCCGGUGCUCAUGGUGCAUGCGAAUGACCAUACCCACCGCAUGUUCAUAGCAGAGCAGGUGGGCGUGAUCUGGGUCUACCUACCCGAUGGCAGCCGGCUGGAGGAGCCCUUUCUGGAUAUUAAAAGUAUAGUGCUGGCUACACCGUGGAUAGGGGAUGAGAGGGGCUUCCUGGGGAUGGCUUUCCACCCCAAGUACAAGUACAAUGGGAAAUUUUAUAUCUAUUACUCAUAUAUGGAUAAGAACCAGGUGGAAAAGAUCAGGAUCAGUGAAUUGAAGGUUUUGGCAUCUGAUGUCAACAAAGCUGAUCCGCUCUCAGAAAGGAAUCUUUUGGAGCUUGAAGAACCAGCUGCAAAUCACAACGGUGGGCAGCUGCUCUUUGGUGUGGAUGGCUAUAUGUAUCUAUUCACAGGGGAUGGAGGGAAAGCUGGAGACCCUUUUGGAAAAUUUGGGAAUGCUCAGAACAAGAGUACUUUAUUGGGGAAAGUCUUGAGGAUUGAUGUGGAUGGAAAAAGCCCCGAUGGAAAGCCUUACCGCAUCCCUCCUGAUAAUCCAUUUGUGUCUGAUCCCAAGGCCUGCCCAGAGGUUUAUGCUUAUGGGGUCAGGAAUAUGUGGCGCUGUGCGGUUGACAGAGGGGACCCUGUCACAACAAAGGGAAGAGGGAGGAUAUUCUGUGGGGAUGUUGGGCAGAAUAGGUUUGAAGAAAUCGACAUCAUUGUUAAAGGAGGGAACUACGGCUGGAGAGCAAAGGAGGGAUUUGAAUGCUACGACACAAAGCUUUGCCACAAUUCCUCUUUGGAUGACAUUCUUCCAAUAUUUGCAUAUGGCCGCAAUGUGGGGAAGUCAGUCACUGGAGGUUAUAUAUACAGAGGAUGUGAAUCACCCAACUUGAACGGCCUUUACAUUUUUGGUGAUUUCAUGAAUGGUCGACUUAUGGCUUUACAGGAAGAUGAGAAGGCAAAUAAGUGGAAGAAGCAAGAUAUCUGCAUUGGCAGCACAAGAGCUUGUGCUUUCCCUGGGAUGAUCAGUUCUUACAGCAAAUUCAUAAUCUCAUUUGCUGAGGAUGAAGCAGGUGAACUGUAUUUUAUGUCUACUUCUUACCCCAGUGCCUAUGCACCACACGGAUCGCUCUACAAGUUUAUUGAUCCUUCAAGGAGAGCUCCACCAGGGAAGUGUAAAUACAAGCCUGUUCCAGUGAAAACAAAGAGUAAACGGAUACCGUUUGUUCCACAUGCAAAGACUGUCCUUGAGCUGCUUAAUGAACCUUCAACAACAAGGCCUCCGAAAAAAUCUUCUACCCGCACUGCAACCAUCCCAAUACUUUCUUCUAAGAAAGCUAGAAAGACCUCAUCCACCAAAACAAAAGCAUCCACAGUGAAACCAGCUCUAUCUGGUAAAAAGAGACAGAAAAGCAAAGCUGAGGCUAAACCUCGCAAGCCAAAGCAGGAAGAGAAGGUCGCACACACUUCCAGAGCUACACCAGCACCACCUUUGCCAAAAAAGAAGAGUUCCCGUCUAACCAGAACAAAGAAGCUUCUUCCAAAGGAAGCAGUAUCAGCUAAGGAAAAACAGGGGAAGAGGAGGAAGGAGAGUAGAGUAAGCAGCAGCUUUUGAAGCUCGGUGAAAAAGCAAGUCACUUAAUAAGACAGUGUAACAAAUGUUUUGAAUAGUGACCAUAAAUAAAAGAGAACCAGCUGUCUUCUUAGGCCAGUGCUCGGAGGUAUGCCUCCAUUAAUGUCUGUGCUAGCAGUCUCUAUAUAUGUUCUAUUAAACCUUCUAAUAUUAACUUUCUUUGCAAAUCCUGCUGUGAUGUCCUUUUCUGACAUAGUAGCUGUGAGAGUCUCUGAUGGACACUCACUGGUAAGA